AUGCAUCGCACAGAGAAUUCACUUGAAGUGUGGAUUCUGGAGGCCAAAGGUGUUCCAGUAAAACGGAAAUAUUACUGUGAAAUAUGCCUCGAUAAAACUUUGUACGCUCGGACAUCCGCCAAAGCACGUAGUGAUAUUUGCUUUUGGGGCGAGCAUUUUUACUUCAGCUCCAUUCCAAAGCUGGAAAAUGUUUGUGUGAAUCUGUACCGUGAGGCAGAUGCUAAGAAGAAGAAAGAUCGGUCAACAUUGAUUGGUUAUGUCCAGAUCAAAAUUGAACAGUUGACUACUCGACAUCCCGUAGAACGAUGGUCAGUUUUGUUUGUUUUGUACUCAUAA